AUGAGGAAAUCAACACCCAAAAAAAGGGGAAAUCAACAAAACAUUGGUGAGGUUGAAAUAGGUGAUGGUAUAAACAAUAAUAACAGUUUGGGUGAAGAUUCUACUAUUCAUCCACAACUAGGACCUGAAUGGGAUAUAAAAGAGAUAACAGAUUUAUAUAAUAUAAUUAUAAAAAAUGAAAAACCUGAAUGGAGAUCAAUUUUAAAGAAAUUUCCAAAUAGAACAGAAGAAAUGUUAGAAUAUAUAUACAAACUAAGUUGUACCACUAAAUUCAUUUUAGAUUCACCCGAACAUUUCUUUUCCUUUAUUCAAGGUGUUUAUGCAACUUUUAAAAUGGAUCAAUUAACUAAACAAUCGCAACCACAAAUGCAAUAUCAUUACCAACCACCUCCACCACAUCAAAUUACUCAACCAACAACUCAAAAUAAGCCACCUCAUCAUUUACAAUUACUUCAAUUACAACAACUAAAACAAAAAAGAGAACAACAGCAACAACAGCAACAACAACAACAGCAAAAUAACCAACAGCAAACACCAAAUCAACCAAUAUAUCCUCAACAACAAAUUCAACAACAAGUUCAACAACAUUUUCCAACAAUAAAAACUUCUGCAAUAGGUGGUAAUGGUCUUUCACCAUCUAAAACAUCAUCAAAAGGUAGAAUCAUUUAUGAAAAUAAUACUGACUUUAAUAAUAGUAGUAAUUUAAUUAUUGAUCACUCACAUCAUGGUACACAACAACAACAACAACAACAACAACAACAACAGCAGUAUCAUCAUCAUCAAGCACCACUAUCACAACAACAACAACAACAACAACAACAACAACAACAACAACAACAACAACAACAACAACAACAACAACAACAACAACAACAACAACAACAACAACAACAACAACAACAACAACAACAACAUAGUAUUUCAAAACCAAAAUCCAGUAGAAGAUUAUUUCCUGAUUCACCAAAUAAACCAAAUACAACCACUACCAAUACUAUAAAUUCUUCACCGACCACAGUGAAUGAAAUUUUACCACCAAGCACUAGAAAAAGAUCAGCCUCACUCAAUAGUGGCAACAAUAUAAACAAUAAUAUAUAUACACCUACUAGCACUAGUGGAAACAAUAAAGAACCAAUUUCACCAUUAAGUGAUGGAUCACCAAGUAGUUUGCCAGCCAAACUACGUGGAAAACAGAGACAAGGUAAAAUACCAGUUCCAAUGGUUGAAGGCUUUCCUUCAUCUCCAAACAGAUUAUCCAAUCAAAUUAAUACAGUAAUAGAUAAUAAUUUAAAUAAUUUAAAUGGAAAUAUCUUAGUUAAUAAUAAUAAUAAUAAUAAUAAUAAUAAUAAUAAUAAUAAUAAUAAUAAUAAUAAUAAUAAUAAUAGUAUUAAUAAUAAUAAUAAUAGUAAUAAUAAUAGUAAUAGUAGUAAUAGUAACAAUAGUGUAGGUAAUAAUUCAACUGAUGGAAAUAUAAAUUAUACUCAACAACAGCAACAGCAACAGCAACAGCAACAGCAAAACCAUCCUACUUUAAAUGAAAAUGAUAAAAAUGAUAUAUUACUACCAUCAAAAGAAGUUCAAAGUGUGAUUCAAAAGAAAUUAGUUAAUUUUUUAUCAAAACAAAAACAAACAAAAUCAAACUCAAAAAAUAAAACAACUUCAUCAUCAUCUUCUUCAUCAUCUUCUUCAAAUGAAAAUAAACUAUCGAAUCCAGGGAAAUGGGCAUAUUAUGAAUGGUUUUAUAGUGAUUUAGAUACCCCAUUUUAUUUUUAUAACGAAUUUCAAUUAUUAAUUCACCAAUUUCCAAUUUCAAAGAAAUUAACUAAAACUGAAUGGAAUUCAAUUAGGUCAAAAAUGAGAAAACCAAGAAGAUUAUCAAAACAAUUUUAUGAUGAAGCUCGUAGUAAAUUAUAUCAUACAAGAGAAACCGUUCGUUAUUCAAUGUUAAAUAAUGAUCACUUAAAAUUCCUUCAAAUUGAACCUGAUUCAAGGGUUUUAUAUCUCUAUGAAAAUUCAUUAGAGAAUGGAAAAGUAAUUUCAUAUAAUAAGAUUUCAAAAACAUAUUCAAUAUUAUCAGAUACCAAUAACCAAUUGAUUGAUGUACCAGAUUCUGAAGUUAUGUCUGCUGAUAAAGAUAUUCGUGUUUUCAUUGAACAAACGCAUUUACAAUCAAAAGAAAAAUCUUCAACAACAACAACAGCUACUACUACUACAAAUACAACAACCCAAUCAGGGGGAAAAAGAAAAUUUGAUGAACUUAAUUUACCAACUACUUCAACAAACUCAUGUAAAAAUAAUAUAAAUGUACAAUCAGCAAAUAAUAAUAAUAAUAAUAAUAAUAAUAAUAAUAAUAAUAAUAAUAAUAAUAAUAAUAAUAGUAGUACAAUUUUAACGGAUCCUGAUCAAGUUGUAACAUUAGUAGUUGGAUUAUUAGAAGUUUUAGAAAGAAAACAAAAUUUACUUUUAAAAAUUAAUGAAAUGAAUGAACAAGCAAAAACAAUGGUAUUUAAAGGUUUUCCAAUUGAAUUUCAAAAACAAUAUUCCGAAUUACUUUUGGGUAUAGAGUAUCAUAAUAGUGUUUUACAAACUUUAUUAGAGAUAUUUAGAAAGAAUAAUUACACAAAAAGAAAUAAUAUAGCUGAAGAAUAUCAACCGAAUGAUAAAAAACAAUUAAUUUCAAGUUUAAUCGAUUUAUAUAAAGAGAAUGCAGACGAAUAUAUAUCAGAUUUAGAGAAGCAAUUGGAUAAAAAUGAUAAUGACCAAUCAGAUGAAAAUCAAGCUUUGAGAGAAUUAAUUAUUGGUUGUAUAGGAUUUAUCUUUCAAAUUAAAAACCAAUGUGUAAAUAUAGAAUUUUCAAGUGAGGAUUUAGACUUCCUUUUUGAAACUUGUUUGAAUCAAAUUAAACCAAAAUCAGAUUCCACUGAAAAUUUGGUAUUAUUUAAUGAAAUUGAAAGAGAUGUUGAAACAAUUAAAAAGAGAAUUGUUAAUUGUAAAUCUGAAUAA